AUGACAUCUGAUAAUCAUUCAAUCGAUUUCAACUCAUCGCAACCGACAAAUCAUUCGAAAAUACAAUUUAAUGAUUACUUCGAGAAGAAAGAAUGUUUGAAAUUAACAUCGACUGAUACAAAUGAUAACGUUCAACGAACAGUGCUUGUCCAACAUAGGUUUCACGCAGAUAUCAAACGAACAUUUACUCGCUGGAUACUCCGCGAGGGCACUCUCUUUGAUUGGCAUAGUUUAGCAAAAAUCAAAUGA